AUGUCGACCAAUCCGCCGCAGCUGUUCCUGCUCGCCGACCACAUCAAGCUCUCGCUGCUCGAGCGCCAGCGCGCCGUCUCCCUCAACCUGCCCUCGCACAGCCAAGACAGCCAGAUCUCGCGCUCGCUGGAGCAGUUGCGCUCGGGCAUCGAAUCGCUCGAGUCGCAGGUCGAGGACACAUCCGAUGAGCACGACUCCCCUCUGCUCCAGCAAUCAUCCAUAACGUCCCAACUCCCGCGCCUGCGCACCCAGCUCACCGAACUCUGUGCGCAAUUCCCAUCCACCUCCACCUCCACCUCCACCACCUCGCCCACACUCGCCCAGCCCAACGAUCCCUCGCUCUCCGCCGACUUCGCCGCCGCACAAUCCAAGCCCCGCCACGCCUCCAAGAGCGUCCGCUUCACCGACAACGACGAUGGAGACGCCGACCCCAACCGCUCGGCCCUCUUCAAUGCACCCUACCGCGACGACCCAGCCCGCGAUCCAGAAGCGCCGCCGGACCACACCCACCUGGACAACCAGCAGAUCCACGAGUACCACAGCCAGGUGCUGCGCGACCAGGACGACCAGCUGGACACGCUGAGCGCCUCGAUAGGGCGGCAGCGCGAGCUGAGCAUGCAGAUUGGCGACGAGCUGGACGGGCAGGUGAUGCUGCUGGACGAGGUCGAGGAGGGCGUCGACCGCCACGAUGCCCAGUUCCGCCGCGCGCGUGGGCGGCUGGACCGCUUCAGCAGGAAGGCGCGCGAGAACUGGAGUCUGACGCUGAUCAUCGUGCUCAUCGUCACUUUGGUCCUGCUCAUCAUCAUCACAAAGUGA